CCUCCUUCACCCGGUGCUUUCAAGAGAGUCUGGAGUUUUCCAUCUCUGACUGACACUUCGUUGCCCAUCGGAAACGCAAAACCCAACCAGUCAUCGUCAUCAUGUCUGCUGGAAAUGCCAAGAUUGGACAGCCUGCACCCCAGUUCAAAGCCACAGCUGUGGUAGAUGGCCAGUUUAAAGACAUUCAGCUCUCUGAUUACAGGGGGAAGUAUGUGGUGUUCUUUUUCUAUCCACUGGAUUUCACCUUCGUGUGCCCUACUGAAAUCAUUGCCUUCAGCGAACGUGCUGAUGAAUUCCGCAAGAUUGGCUGCGAGGUCCUCGCUGCCUCCACGGACUCCCACUUCAGUCACCUGGCCUGGAUAAACACACCCAGGAAGCAGGGUGGCCUGGGUUCUAUGAACAUCCCAUUGGUUGCUGAUCUGACCCAGUCUAUUGCCCGGGACUAUGGGGUGCUGAAGGAGGAUGAAGGCAUUGCCUACAGGGGUCUGUUUAUCAUCGACGAUAAGGGCAUUCUGAGACAGAUCACCAUUAACGACCUGCCCGUGGGCCGCUCCGUGGACGAGACCGUGAGACUGGUGCAGGCCUUCCAGUUCACAGACAAGCAUGGAGAAGUGUGCCCUGCUGGAUGGAAGCCUGGGAGUGACACCAUUGUCCCUGACGUCCAGAAAAGCAAGGAGUUCUUUUCCAAGCAGUAGAAAUAAACAGCGGCAAAAAUUGGGGCCAAACCCAAACUAGGGACUAGGGUCUCAGAGGGGGAGGGGUACUAAAGCACUUGAACUCAGUCCAAGAGUUGUCAUUGUCUCAUCCACCUUACUGAUUGGUUUUUUCUUUUUCUUUUUUUUCUUUUUUUUUAACAUAUUUUCAAAGCACCUCAUUAUAGAUUUGUGACAUGGUUACUCUCUGUUUCUAAUCUUACCCUGUCUGAGUAAGCUAUGUGAAAAUCAGUAGUCCCAUGCACUGAAACUACUCUCAUUUUUUUUUUGUCUCUCUCUCUCUCUAGAAAAGUAUUAAAGUAUUUUGUACCUUGCAGUCAUUGAGGUCAAAUAUUCCAUUUCAGAGUGUUUGGAAAUAACGAUCAAAGUCUUUGCAGUGUGUCAAAUCAAUAAACAAAAAGGUGUUCACUAA